AUGCGAGCGAGGAGGAAAACGCCAGGAGGAAAAUGCCAGAGAAGAGUGAGCACUAAGAGCACUGCUUUAUCGGCCAGACCAGAGUCAUCUAUCCAAACCAUAUCCUUUGGCUCUAACGAUUUUGCAAUUCCAAACAAUAGCACAGUGUUUUCAUUGAUUCAGCCAACUGGUAAAUUGCACUUGGGUAAUUAUCUAGGCGCGAUAAAUGUCUGGAAAAAUAUCUCGGAUUCUAAUGAUAAUUCUAAUACAAAAAUCUUAUUUGGAACCGCAGAUUUACAUGCUAUAACUAUUCCUAAACCCGCAAGCGAGUUAAGAAAUUAUAGAUUGGAAACUAUUGCAAGCUUACUAGCUUCCGGUUUGGACCCAAAUAAAUCUAUUAUUUUCCACCAAAGCCAGAUCCCCGAACAUGCUGAAUUAACUUGGAUUCUAUCUUGUAUAACCGGUAUGGGCUAUUUGAAUAGAAUGACUCAAUGGAAGAGCAAGUCAAAUCUCAAAUCUGAUACAAAUUCAAUCGAUGCCAUCAUGUCUGUUAAUUCUGGUCUACUCUUUUACCCUGUUUUAAUGGCUGCUGAUAUCCUACUAUACCAUUCAACUCAUGUCCCUGUUGGCGAUGAUCAAUCCCAACAUCUAGAAUUAACAAGGCACUUGGCUGAAAAAUUUAAUUCAACUUAUAGUUCUCCAAAUUUUUUCAAAGAGCCAAAAACUCUAUUUGCCCCAACCAAAAAAAUCUUAUCUUUAAGAAACCCAUUAAAGAAAAUGUCUAAAUCGGAUCCUGAUCCAUUUUCCUGUAUAUACAUAACCGAUGACCCAAAAGUCAUUUCAAAAAAAAUUAGAAAAACUGUUACUGAUUCUAUUCAAGACCGCUUUUAUUUUGAUCCCAUCGAAAGACCUGGUGUAUCAAACCUCAUCAAUAUUAUCUCUGGUAUUCAAAAAAAAUCAAUACAUCAUGUAGAGCAAGAUCUACUUUCUUCAAAUGUUAAUGACCAUAAAUCCUUCAAAGAUUAUGCCACUGAGGUUAUUAUAAAUGAACUAGCUCAACCAAAAAAAAUCUUUGAACAACUUAUCAACGAUAAACCAUAUUUAGAUCAAAUAAUUAAUCAAGGUAAUGAAAAAGCCAGAGCAAUAGCUUCAAAAAAUAUGUUAAAUAUUAAAAAAUGUAUUGGAUUAGAUUAA